CUUCCUGUAGUGCGGAUGCAGUGAUUGGCUUAUACGCAAGUGGUUUCCACACGUUCGUAUUAAAUGUUAACCAGUCUUUGAGGUUCAUUCGUCGUUGAACGUUUAUUUUAUUACUUUGCGAUCUCAGGGGUAUCUCCGGAUAAUCUUUCAGGAUUAACACAUGGCUUUAAACACAAAAGACUACUGCGCAGGCUUCCGACACGAGUUCAAGUCAUUCGCCACAGAUGCGAUCCACGUUGGUCAGGAGCCAGAGCAGUGGAAAUCUAUGGCCGUAGUGCCUCCAAUUUCACUGUCUACCACAUUUAAACAGUAUGCCCCGGGAAAGCAUGCAGGUUUUGAAUACAGUCGCAGUGGAAAUCCUACACGCAAUUGUCUUGAGAGGGCAGUUGCAGCUUUGGAUGGAGCCAAGUACUGUGUGGCUCUUGCCUCUGGAUUGGCUGCUACUGUUACCAUCACACACUUGCUGAAGUCUGGAGAUGGGAUUGUGUGCAUGAAUGAUGUCUACGGAGGAACCAAUCGCUAUUUUAGAAGAGUAGCUGCAGAAAUUGGCUAUGACAUCUCCUUUGUUGACUGCACAAAACCUGAAGAGCUAAAGGCAGCACUUAAACUUAAUACAAAGCUGUUGUGGCUUGAAACUCCUACAAACCCAACUAUGAAGGUUGUAGACAUUGAAGCCUGUUCAGCGAUUGCACAUGAACACAGUAAAGAUCUUAUAGUUGUUGUGGACAACACCUUCAUGUCUGCUUACUUCCAGCGCCCCCUGUCCCUUGGAGCAGACAUAUGCAUGUACUCUGCAACAAAGUACAUGAAUGGACACAGUGAUGUUAUCAUGGGGUUAAUUUCUGUCAACCGUGAGGACCUCUAUGAACAACUAAAGUUUUUACAAAACGCUUUGGGAUCUGUUCCUUCCCCGUUCGAUUGUUAUCUCUGUAACCGGGGCCUGAAGACACUGCCACUGCGAAUGAAGCAGCACUUCAGGAACGCAAUGGCUGUGGCCCAGUUUCUAGAGGCUGAUCCCAGAGUGGACAAAGUCAUUUUUCCAGGUGUGCCAUCUCACCCUCAGUAUGAGCUCAUGAAGAGACAAUGCACAGGAUGCCCUGGGAUGAUCACCUUCUACAUUAAAGGCAAGCUGGAGCAUGCCACAGCUUUCCUCAGCAACCUCAAGUUAUUUGCACUUGCUGAAAGUCUGGGAGGGUAUGAGAGUCUGGCAGAACAUCCAGCAAUUAUGACUCAUGCCUCGGUGUCAGAAAAUGAGCGGAUGCAGCUGGGUAUCACAGAUACUCUCAUCCGUCUCUCUGUGGGACUGGAGGAUGAGGAGGACAUUAUCGCGGACUUGGACCAAGCUCUCAGCGCAGCUCACCCAAAGAAAUAAACUUGCCAAGAUGGUCCAGGAGCUGGAACACGACAGACUAAUGUCAUGUGCACUUUCUUCAUAUAAAUAAAGAAAUAAUCUUUAUAAUAAUCAUGAGGAUUAUGCUUGAAAUAAUUGUCACAUGUUGGGGAUCAGAAAAACAAAUAGAUUGCUUCCAGGAAUUUUUAACCAGGUGAAUUUAUUAUUUUUUUAAAUUUGUUUUUUCCCCUCCCUCAUUGGUUUUCAUUCAUGUUAAACCAGGUGAAAUGUAAGGUUCAUGCCAUCUUAUUUUAAAGUUUGCAGCUUUUGCAAGUGUGAUGAUUGCCUCCUACAGUAGAUUGGCCUUGUAGAAAUCUGAAGGAUGAGAAAGGGAACAUGGCUAUGAUGCGGGUUUUUUUUUUCUUUCUUUCUUUCUUUCUUUGCUUAUUCUGAAACUGAUUUGAAAUGUGUAAUACUGUAAUGUGCUUUAGCAAAUGAUUGCUGACAGAUGAAGCUCAGCUGGCAUUAUAUAUAUUUUUUUUCAUUGCCAUUGUCACACAUUAAGUACACAGUGAGAAUCUGGAAGACGCACUGUUCAGUCAAAUGAUCCUUAACUUAAUGUUUUAAGACAUUAGCUACAUGCUAAAGAUGCAUUUAUCACGUGUGCUGCUGGACCCAUUAAAACCAUUUGUAAUCCAUCA